AUGUUUGAGCCAAACAGUUUUUCGUUCAUGGAGACUUUCUAUUUCUGGGUUUCAUUCGGGCUAACUUGUCUCUUUAUCUUGGGCACGCUCAAACUGUCCUCCUCGCUUCCCAAUCGAGAUGCGGUUUCGAGCCAAAGUGUGGAGGCGAUUUCAGAAGAGUUCUAUCAUUUCCGAUGUAUUUCUACACAAACCAAUUCUAACGACGUAGCUCCAAAGGAAUUUGAGAAUAGCGAAGUGUUCGGGAAAUUAACGAUCGACCAGCGAGUAGACGUCAUGCGCGACUAUCUUUGGAAGGAAUCCAAGUCCGUCUACAAUUGUAUCAUGCACAAGGAAAAUCGAAAGUGUUUCAAAUACGACAGCAGGGGAGGAAUCUAUGCUGACAAGAAAUACCGCAUCGAAGACAUGGUUAUGAAGUAUCCUCAUACCUACCACACGAUCAUCAACAAUGAAAAUGCGUGCCAAGACGAUACCUAUAUUGUGGUUGGAAGCCCGGUGGGACCUCGCCAAUUCAUGGAACGCAUGGGAACGCGCGAAGCGUGGGGAAACAUCCGCGAAGUGGAAGGAAAGAAGGUAAUUCACUUGUUCUUCGCCGGCCACGACGAAAACGACCCGGAAGGCGAUCGUUUGCUCCGCGAAGAGUCGGAGAAGUUCCACGAUAUCGUGCAGUUCGAUAUGAAAAACCACUUUAUGAACCUCACACUGCUCGCCAUCUUAACGUACAACUGGACUUCGCAUUACUGUCCCAAAAUCGCGUACUAUGUGCGUGCGGACAAUGAUGUCUGGUACAAUCCACGAACCCACAUCAAACAAUUCUUAAUGCAGCGUAGAUCGCAAACACUCAUCGGAACCAUCGUUACGGGCAACAAACCCAUCCGUGUUGAUGUCAGCCGAUACUGGAUGCCCAAGACUCUCUUCCCCCAGCCAGUUUUUGAUCCCUAUCCGUCGGGUUGCUUCGUUACGAUAGCAGGAGACACGCUCGCCACCAUCGUCAAGUAUUGCGAACACAUCGGACCGAUUAUUUACUUUGACGACGUGUUCCUGGGGCAAAUUGCAGCGAUUACGAAUAUUACCCUGCUUACCUACCCGCAAGGGGUGAUGGAGUUCAUGUGGAAGGCGUAUAUGCCGGGAGUGUAUAUGCGACUAUCUGCUGCGCAUCGAUAUACUCCAGUAGAUGUGGUAGCGCUGUGGCAACUAGCAAAUCGAUAGUUGUUUUUUGUUU